AUGACUGAGUACAAGUUAGUUGUUGUUGGAGCUGGUGGAGUUGGCAAAAGUGCUCUUACUAUCCAGCUUAUUCAGAAUCAUUUUGUUGAGGAAUAUGACCCAACGAUAGAGGACUCUUACAGAAAACAGAUGGUCAUUGAUGGAGAAAUAUGCUUGUUAGAUAUCUUAGAUACCGCUGGGCAAGAGGAAUACAGACAAGGUGUGGAAGAUGCGUUUCAUAAACUUGUCCGGGAGAUCAGAAAAUCUAAAGAGAAGAAGGGAAAAGAUCGUAAAAAGCGCAAACGAAAAUGUUGUAUACAAUAA